AUGGAUGUUCAGCUUGGGUCCUCUCAUCACACUGGAUGUCUCGCAAACAUUUGGGAACACCGUCUGGAGUGCUCUGUUUGCCCGGAAACUUGGCACAUAAAAACCCGAACCCCUGAGAACGAUCAUCACUUGCGUCAGAUUAUCUCCCCGUUCUUGGACGGAGAUUGCUUCAAGGGAAGCGACUCCCAGAAACUAGCGGGACAUUCCCGAGCUCUUUGUGAAGGUCUGCUACAUGAGCAAUCGUUGUUGGUGAACGACCCUUUCUUCCAGGAACAGCCAGAUACGCCAAAAAUAUAUGGUUCAGCUGUCCCGACACAGUUCCCCUACGAUUUCGCCUUGCACAAGUGUGAAUGUUAUAUCGUCACAUAUCAGAUUAUCCUCAUAAUCAUUCGUAUCCACUCCUGUCGUGCAAAGUUCGCUUGCCGCGAUGGCCAUGACCAGACUAGUUGUCUCGGCACGUAUGAAGGAAUGGGAUCCAUCACGUUCCGUGCUACCGGGAUGGGCGAGGAAUUCAGUCUAAUAGACCAGUGCGAUUGGGGGGGGAUGAAUGAUGAAUGGUCUCGAUCUUUAGUUGCUCCGCCUUAUGGCACGAUUCCCGUUUCGUCAGUGCUCAGGCUAGACAGCUUGCAUUGGCGUGACGUUUAUGCUAGCCUUAUCAUCAAGCUUCCUGGCACACCUGACAAGAGGCGUAAGGGUAGGGCUCCACCAGCGGUAGACGCCAUCAACCUGUGGUCCACCGAGUUAAUUUGGCACACGGAUGGCUUGCGAUAG